AUGGCGGCCGAACAACAUGUCUCGUUCAAGAUCGAUGAGCUUUUCUCAGUGAAGGGAAAGGUUGUUGUCGUGACUGGUGGAGGCUCUGGUCUCGGCAAGGCGAUCGCUGAAGGAUUCGCCGUCAAUGGUGCCAGGGUCUACAUUGUUGGAAGGAGGCAGGAAACUCUCGACACCGCAGCAAAGCAAAUCGGCGGUGACAUUCACACUAUCCAGGGAGAUGUGCAGACCAAGUCGGGGUGCAUUCAGAUCGUUGAAGCCGUGAAGUCCAAAGAGACCCACAUUGAUACACUGAUCAACUGUGCUGGUGUCAAUAGCCCGUGGAGGGUGAUGGCAAAGGACCACAAUGACGCCGACCAAGUCGAGAACAUGCUCAUCAAUGGGCUGGAAGAGUGGGUUACCAUCACAGAGGACUUCGACAGAAGCAACCAAAUCAAUGUCAUGGGCGUUUAUUUCCUGACUGUCAACUUCAUCCCGUUGCUCCGAAAGUCAGCAGAUCCUAACGUCUGCAUCAUCGCGUCGCUCGCUGCCAUCGGCAACCAGAGAUCAAUGGGAUCUUUGACAUAUGGAAUUUCAAAAGCCGCAACUGUUCAUCUUGCUAAGCUUCUUGCUGGACGUUUGCACCCUAUGCAGAUCCGUGUCAAUACCAUCUGCCCCGGUAUCUUUCCCUCCGAGAUGACCGGCACCACUGCCGGGAAGCAUGCGUACAACAUCAACCACCAGGCUAAGAGGGCGGCGAAGCGAUGCACUGCUGGCCGUCCCGGGCGCCCUGAGGAGAUGGUUGGCCCUGUGAUCCUCCUCUCGAGUGCCGGCGGUGCCUAUAUGAACUAUGCACUCCUAACGGUUGACGGCGGCCGGUUGAUGGGCAUAUCGAUCAACGACGGCAUCAGGAUGCCCGAUGAUACUUAUACUGAUGAGAUUUUGGGUUGA